GCCCAGCCCUGCUAACAUCUAACAAUUAUCAAGCAAUAACAAAUCCUCGUACCACUAAUGAAUUAGUGUUGGCAUUUUUUUUAUUUCUAUUAAAUUUUUCACAUCAAAUCAUGGAUUCUGAAAGUUCUAGUGUGACUCGUGAGACCAUCGAGAAUAAUGAGAUGCUCAAUUCAACUUCAACAGAUUUGAAUGAUUAUUCAUCACUUGAUACUGAUAGUAUAUUUAGAAGUUUGCGGCAACCUUUUUCUGAUGAAAAUCAAUCCUUGAAUAAUCUUCCAAAUGGUGGAUUUUCACAGAAGUCUUCUUCAGCAAACUCUGAUAUCCCUUCGUUGAGAAAUAAUAGUUGUACAAGUGAACAGUCAAAUUAUAUUCAUGACAAUAUUCAAGAUGAUAUACAAAAUGUCAGUACCGUAACACAUAUGAAUAUCGAUGCCUAUAAUGAAUCUGAUACAAUUGUUGCUGAUCAAAACUUCAUGACUCCCAGCUAUAUCGGAGCAGGAUAAGUGUAUUUUUUUGAAGCUCUGUGAAUUACAUCGCUCAUCACGAUUCCACGCGUGUUCAAGAAGCAAAUCGCCACAGCUUGAAUACUUCCAAAGAGUCUAGAACAGCGAGAAAAAAGGCUAGAUUGGAAGAAAAUCAAGCUUUCGAUCAAUCAGAAGGUACGUCAUACGGUGCAGGCAUUGCAGAUUAAAUUUUGAUAAGCCGUUGCUGAGAAAUCAUGUUGCGACUAAGCUGUCUUAAAAUUACCGCUCAAUAUUCAACUACGUAUUUCGUACAAUAAACUUGAAA